AUGGACGGGGAGUCGGUAGCAAUCCGACUGCCGCUGGCAGGCACGGAGGGGGCGCUCGUGGACGCGAGCGAGAGGCGGCUGAACGAGUCGCAGCAGCACAUCCGGUGCCUCAAGCGGCUGCGCGGGCCGCACAUGGUGCAGCUAUACGGGCUGUCGCGGACGCAGGGGGCGGACAAGCGGACGGUGGUGGUGACGGAGGUGCCGUCGGGGGGCACGCUCGGGGCGAACCUUUCCCUGGUGCGGCGGCGCAAGCAGCGGCUGACGGGCGCGACGGUGCUGGCGCUGUCGCUGCAAAUCGUGCGCGCGACACGGUUCCUGCACGAGUCGGACACGAGCGGCGGGUGGGCGCUGUCCGGCGACGCGAUCGGGCUGGCGCUGCCGCUGCGCGAGGACUGGGCGGCGCGGCAGCGCAUCAAGCUGUUCGAGGUGGGCGGGACGGUCUGCAAGGCCGAGUGCGGCGCGGACGUGCGGCGCGAGUUCCCCGCGGACUACGUCGGGUACAUGGCGCCCGAGCUGCUCGACGAGGACCGCGAUACGGGCGUCGGGAAGGAAGAGACGUUCCGGCGGCUCUGCAUGGCAGAUAUGUACAGUGUUGGCGUGCUGCUGUGGGAGAUGGCGUCGGGGAAUCGCCCGUUUGAGGGUUUGCGCCCUGCGCAGGUUGUCGCAGCGGUUAUUGGAAGGGGCGAGCGGCCCGGGUUCCCACCAGAGGGUGUCGCGGAGGAAGUGCAGGACUUGAUCUCGCGGCUGUGGGUGAAGGAUCCGGAGGCGAGACCGACCGCAGUGGAAGCGUGUCGGCUGUUGGAAACUGUGCCUUCAGCUCCACCAAUGUUCUGA